UUCCCACCUGGCGCUGCCCCCAACCAAAGUCAUGAGGGCAAGGCUCCGGUUCCUGCCCUCACAGGGUCCCAGAAGCAAGGGCAGUGAGGACCUGUCCGUCUCUGGCACGGGGUGUCUGAUUCUCCUUCGCUGUGGCGGGAAGCUGGCCGGAUUUGAAGAGGCAGAAGAGGCCUGGACCUUGGUGCACACAGACCCAGGAACAGAUGAGCAGGGACGUUUGCAUCCACACCUGGCCGUGCACCUACUACCUGGAGCCCAAGAGGCGAUGGGUUACUGGACAACUGUCCUUAACGUCGCUGUCGCUCAGGUUCAUGACUGACAGCACUGGAGAGAUUCUGGUCAGCUUCCCCCUCUCCAGCAUAGUUGAGAUCAAGAAGGAGUCUUCACAUUUUAUCUUCAGCUCCAUCACUAUCCUGGAGAAGGGCCAUGCCAAGCACUGGUUCAGCUCCCUGCGGCCAAGUCGAAAUGUGGUCUUCAGCAUCAUCGAGCAUUUCUGGAGGGAGCUGCUGCUGUCUCAGCCUGGAGCCAUGGCAGACACGUCUGUCCCAAGGACCCGGGGCGAGGAGCUGACGGGACUCAUGGCUGGAUCCCAGAAACGCCUGGAGGACACAGCAAGGGUCCUGCACCACCAGGGCCAGCAGCUGGACAGCGUCAUGAGAGGCUUGGACAAGAUGGAGUCAGACCUGGAGGUGGCGGACAGAUUGCUGACAGAACUGGAAUCUCCUGCUUGGUGGCCCUUUAGCUCCAAGCUUUGGAAGACACCACCGGAAACAAAGCCCAGGGAAGAUGUCUCCAUGACCAGUUGUGAACCCUUUGGGAAAGAAGGGAUACUGAUAAAAAUUCCUGCCAUUAUUUCCCACAGAACAGAGUCUCACGUUAAACCAGGGAGGCUCACCGUCCUUGUGUCUGGGUUGGAAAUACAUGACUCCAGUUCUUUGCUCAUGCACAGGUUUGAAAGAGAAGACGUGGAUGACAUCAAGGUCCACUCACCUUAUGAAAUUAGCAUCCGCCAGCGGUUUAUUGGAAAGCCAGACAUGGCCUAUCGUUUGAUAUCUGCCAAGAUGCCAGAGGUUAUUCCCAUUUUAGAAGUGCAGUUCAGCAAGAAGAUGGAGCUGUUAGAAGAUGCAUUGGUGCUCAGAAGCGCAAGAACCUCUUCCCCCGCAGAGAAGAGCUGCUCAGUCUGGCAUGCAGCAUCUGGGCUGAUGGGCCGUACCCUGCACCGUGAGCCACCCGCAGGAGACCAGGAGGGCACGGCACUGCACCUGCAGACAAGCCUGCCAGCCCUUUCCGAGGCGGAUACCCAGGAACUAACCCAGGUAAGAUGUCCCCAGUGCCAUGCCAGCCAGCGCUGUGUCCCCAUCUUCCCGCAUGCUGCUCCUCUCACCUUCCCGACCACAAACAAGCUCUGGGUCAUCCAUCCGUAUUGGCUUCCCACCAAGGAGGAGCUGCUGGCCUCCCCUCAGCAGCUGCAGGGAGGGAGGAAGGGCAGUGUCCGUCCCAGGUCCACACACUUCCUGGAACACAACAUGCACCACAUUCAGACACAUUCCUAUGCACACACAGCUGCCCUGGCUACCACCUGCACCCAUUGUACAUGUCCGUGUGUGUGUGCACAGGUGUGUAUGUUUACUGUGCAUGUACAUGUGCAUGCUGUGUGUAGUGUGCGUGUACUGUACACAUUGUGCAUUUAUGUGUACUAUGUGUGCUAUGUGUACAUAUGUUAUGCAUGUACUGUGUAUAUGUCCAUGUGCAUGUGUGUGUACUUGUACUGUGAGUACAUGUGUGUAUUAUGUGUGUUGUGUGUGUAUGCACGUGUGUGCUGUGAAUGUGGUGUAUGUGUUGCAUGUACUGUGCAUGUAUAUGUGCUGUAUGUGUACCUUGUGUGUACUGUGCAUGGGCAUGUGUGUAUGUGCAUGUCUUGUGUGUGGAGCGUGCAUGUAGUGUACCUGUACAUGUAUGUGUACUCUGUGUGUGUGUGCUGUGCAUGUGCUUGCAUGUGUGCUCUGUAUACUGUGCAUGCAUGCAGGUACAUGCCUGCUGUGUGUUGCGUGUUCUGUGUGUGCACUGUAUGAGCGCAUGCACAGUUGGGUGCAUGGCUCACUCAGCCCUCAUGUGCUGAGCACUGGUUCUUAAGGAGGCUCAGCACUUUGUGCCUGGGAGACUGGAAUUUUAACGUUCAGUGUAAAUACUCCUGUCUUGUCCAGAGGUUGCUGGCUAAUAUGCUGGCUUUCCAAGUAAUUUUUGAAGCUGUACCCAGUCAUCAUAUUACUUCAUUUGUAAAUAUCUCCAUAUGUAUCAUUAAAGGAUAAGAGCCAUUCAGAAAGACCAUACUGCCACUGUCGCCUUAGGAAACAGGAAGUCGUUCCUCAGCACCAUCCAGUAUCCAGGCAGUGCUCCAACCUGCUGAGCCCUUCCUGAAGGGCGUGUCCCACAGAGUAUGUGGCGCACAUGCAGUCUCCAGGUGCAGCUUCCGUCUUGUCAUCCCCUGCAGUUGAUUCCUUGAAAAAGCAAAGCUGUCUGUUGGGCUGAGACUGUGCACUUUGGAUCUUGCAGUUCUGUGUCCACGCAGGGCGUGGGCUCCCCAUCCCUGAGCCUCUGAGUCGGCAGGUGGGUCUGGGGCUCUGUCAGGCCCGGCCCUGUUUUUGUAGGGAAGGUUUUGUGGGUGGCUCUGCCCAUGUCCACCAGGAGGUGGAUAAAGACACUCUGUCUCUUACGCCUGUUUUUAAAAACCAAUUCUUACUUUACGUGUCUGUGUAGGCAUAAACUCCUUUGAGGCCAGCUUGUUUGGGGAAAAAGGUGUUCAUCUUUGCUCUGGGGUAAUUCAAGUGAACACGGCUUGUCACUUUUUCCUCCCGGCCUCACUUAGUCAUGUCUGGUAAUGGCACACACAGCACUGCCUGGUAGGUGUAGCCAGCUCACUCUGCAGGUUCCUAGUCACCUUCAGAUACGCUCACUGCCUCCAGAGCAUUCUUGGCCUGGGUCUCGUUUGCUCGGGGUUUUUGAGAAAGCCCAAUACUGUAAAGACAGACUUACCUGAUUCUUUCCCAGCCAUCCUCCUGAGAGUGCCUCGGCACGUGGCUGAGACUGGCAGGAUCUGAGCACACCCCACUCCCACACCCCACAAAGGUGUCCACGGCCGAGACGCUCGCUGUAUCCCAUGGUUGUGUUUAGACUGAAGUAGGAACAAAGCUUUAAGAUGAAAAAGUAGGAAUUUUACCUGUUAAUUGCAAUGGUGGCCAUGUAGUUGGAGAGGCCCUCAAGUGUCCACACAUCAGACUCUCCUGUCACGUGUGGCGUGUUCUUCACCUCAAAGCCCGGGAGCGAUGGGGAGGUGGUCAGGUCACUACACGGAGCUGAGGGUGAGUGGGGCUCCCCACCAGCCAUCCAGGCCGCGUCUCCCCUGGGGCUGGCAUGGGCACUGCCAUCAUUAAAGAUCCAGCAAGCCCAGUGGCCCAACACUGGGAGGAACAGGCUCCACAUUCAGGACUCUGGCAUCAAGGCCAGUGGCAGAGCGGGAGGAAGCAGUCACCCAAGGUAUGGGGUUGGGAGGCCCAGGAAGGCCUGGCGUGCCUUAGGGGCAAGUGCAGCGCGUUGGUCAGAUGCGGGCCCCCUUCCUUGCAGGAGGAGCCUAGUUUCACAGGAGACUGUCUUUUUGAGGCAAUACAUGUGUUUCCUAUUUAGAGAAUUCCUGGUGCACAGUUGAAGCUCAAGCAGAAGCCAGAGUGAGUUACAUUUCUGGGGAAAAUAAAAAUGCACGAAACCCCCCUUCAUCCAGCUGUGGUUUUUGUUGCAGAUGCUAUUAAAGCCAUCAUGCUGAAACGUGUCCCAGUGGUGUGGGUUGCAACUGGGGGUGCUCAGGAGAGGGUGGCUGUGAUCACACAGGACAGGCAGGGGUGAUGUGGCGAGCCCUGCUGUCUCUGGGGCCCUGGCCACUGUGUCACUGUGGCUGUGGAGGGUGGAGGGCCGGGGGCUAUAGGAGGUGGAUUUGACAGAGCCCCUGACUUGCUUCUGUUGUCUGCUCCUCUUUGCGGCUGUGGAAUCCACUGGGGCCCACGCCAUGGACGCGGUGCCUGGACACAGUAGAACUGGAGGUGGUGUCGGGCAGUUCCCUGGGACACUCCAGCUCAUGCAGCCUCAUCUGUCUUGUCCUGCUUUGGGGUUGCUGUGUCCACGUCCCUCUGUCUCCAGGGAGGAACCAGGUGGACACUCAGUGUAGACAGACACUGGGUCUGGCAGGAGAGUGGGUGGGAGCCUCGCUGGUGCCUGAUGGUGGCAAAGAAGCCUGCUGCACUCCUGCUGUGGUUCCUGAUAGGAACGGAUGUUCCGUGGCCGGUCCCUGUGGGCGCAGGUCCCAGAGGAUGCUUGGGUGACGCCUCAGCCUCCUGCCUUAUGGCAUGGGGUGACCAGCAUACCACUGCCUGUGACGUCUCCAUAAACAACAAAUGCAAACACACAUGGUAACAGGAAAGCCAUGCAACUCAUUCCGUUCAAAGUCAAAGAGUUCCCAGGGAGCCGAGCCUGGUGCUGGGACGGGGGCGAGACUGAGGGUGCGGUCAGGCUCACAUGGGGCUCAGGUAGGGCUCACGUGGAGGUGUGGGACAGCAGCUUCUGGGCAUGUGGGGACCCAGGUGUUUCUGUCCUCACAUCUUUGUUUGGCAGAAACCCUCUGCCCACUCCACAGCGUCAUGUCCCAUGUCGACCAGUUCUGGUGAUUUGCUGGAACAUUCUGAAGUCAUUCUGGGGCUCCCUGCCUUCUAUGAAACUAUCUUCAGAAGGUAACAUCCCUUUCUUUCCUUUUGUUUCUCUUUUUUAGGAACUGGAGAAUGCAUUGCAUCUUCCUCAGGGACCCCCGUUCCUGGUCUGGCUUCCCUUACUUCCCUGUCCCUGAUGUCUCUGAUCUAAACUUCCCUCAAUUAAUCUGUGUCCUCUCCUAGUCAGGGGAAAAAAAUCAAUGGUUUCCUGCGUACCUAAUGAAUGUAAGAUAAUAAUAUUCA